UUCUACAACAUUCUUUUGCCUUUUCUCCAAGCUUUCAAAAACCUCUCUCUCUCUCUUUCUCUCUCUCUCUCAACAACUUCUUCAAUCUCAUUCUCUGCUUUGAUCUUCAGUAAUGGCCUCGAGAAGGCUUACAAAGUCUACUUUAGCCGCUUUAAAAUCCUCAAGAACACUAAAACUCUCUCUCUCACAGUCCGGCACACGGCUUUCUCACUCUCGCCUUCAAUCUACUUCUGCCUCAGCUUCUUCUUUCACUAGUUCUCUCAAUUCACUUUCUCGGCCUCAUAUUUUCAACCCAAUUCCUCAGAACGAUGGCGCUCCUGCAAAGUUGUCGGCGAACGCUUUCACUCGCAAGUUCCACUCUUCCACUCCUCUUCGCUCCUCCGCCACCAGCUCCUCCCAGGCCAAUCCAACUGAGUACACUGAGAUGGCAUGGGAGGGCAUUGUUGGUGCUGUUGAUGCGGCAAGAGUUAGCAAUCAACAAGUGGUGGAAUCUGAACAUUUGAUGAAGGCCCUUUUGGAGCAAAAGGAUGGUUUGGCUCGAAGAAUAUUCACCAAGGCGGGGAUUGACAACACCUCGGUUUUGCAGGCUACAGAUGAAUUUAUAUCCCAGCAACCAAAGGUUACAGGUAACACCAGCGGGCCUGUAUUAGGAUCACAUUUUUGUUCCCUCCUGGAUGAUUCUCGAAAGUAUAAAAAGGAAAUGGGGGAUGAUUUUGUGUCUGUUGAGCAUCUUUUGUUGGCCUUUCAUUCUGAUAAGAGGUUUGGGCAACAACUAUUCAAGAACCUUCAGCUUAGCGAGAAGGAUUUGAAGGAGGCCAUCAAAGCUGUUCGUGGAAAUCAGAGAGUAACGGAUCAAAAUCCUGAAGGAAAAUAUGAGGUACUGGACAAAUAUGGAAAUGAUUUGACAGAGCUUGCUAGGCGUGGUAAACUUGAUCCUGUUAUAGGUCGAGAUGAUGAAAUUCGGCGGUGUAUCCAGAUAUUAUCUCGGAGAACUAAAAAUAAUCCUGUUAUUAUUGGUGAGCCUGGUGUCGGAAAAACUGCAAUUGCUGAGGGAUUAGCUCAACGUAUUGUGAGAGGAGAUGUUCCAGAACCAUUGCUGAAUAGAAAGUUGAUCUCCUUGGAUAUGGGCUCAUUGGUUGCUGGUGCCAAGUUUCGUGGAGAUUUUGAGGAAAGGUUGAAAGCUGUGUUGAAGGAGGUUACUAGUUCAAAUGGGCAGAUUAUCUUAUUCAUUGAUGAGAUCCAUACAGUAGUUGGUGCAGGGGCUACAAGUGGUGCAAUGGAUGCUGGGAAUCUGUUGAAACCAAUGCUUGGCCGUGGUGAGCUCCGUUGUAUAGGAGCAACUACAUUGAAUGAGUACAGGAAAUACAUUGAAAAGGAUCCUGCACUCGAGCGCAGAUUUCAACAAGUUUUUUGUGGUCAACCAUCUGUUGAUGACACGAUAUCCAUUCUUCGUGGGCUGCGUGAGCGCUAUGAGUUACAUCAUGGUGUUAAAAUAUCAGAUAGUGCCCUUGUUUCAGCAGCAGUUCUUGCAGAUCGAUACAUCACAGAACGCUUUUUGCCUGACAAAGCCAUUGAUCUUGUUGAUGAAGCUGCUGCAAAGCUGAAAAUGGAGAUCACAUCUAAGCCUACAGAGUUGGAUGAGGUAGAUAGAGCUGUACUUAAGUUGGAGAUGGAGAAGCUUUCUGUGAAAAAUGACACUGAUAAAGCCUCCAGAGAAAGGUUAAGCAAACUGGAACAUGAUCUGAAUGUGCUAAAACAGAAACAGAAAGAACUAAAUGAACAGUGGGGCCAUGAGAAGAAUCUCAUGACACGGAUACGUUCAAUUAAAGAAGAGAUUGAUAGAGUUAACUUGGAGAUGGAAGCUGCUGAGCGUGAGUAUGACCUAAAUCGUGCUGCUGAGCUCAAAUAUGGAACUUUGAUGUCCCUUCAGCGUCAAUUAGAAGAGGCUGAUAAGAACCUUGCUGAAUUCCAACAAUCUGGACAGUCUUUACUUCGAGAGGAGGUCACUGAUCUAGAUAUUGCUGAAAUUGUAAGUAAAUGGACAGGUAUACCCCUUUCAAAUCUUCAACAAUCUGAGCGGGACAAGCUAGUUAUGCUGGAAGAUGUGCUGCACAAAAGGGUGGUUGGUCAAGAUAUGGCAGUUAAAUCAGUGGCUGAUGCAAUCCGCCGUUCAAGGGCAGGAUUGUCUGACCCCAAUCGGCCUAUAGCUAGCUUCAUGUUCAUGGGUCCUACUGGUGUUGGCAAGACUGAGCUUGGAAAAGCUUUAGCUGGUUACCUCUUUAACACCGAAAAUGCUCUUGUCAGAAUUGAUAUGAGUGAGUACAUGGAAAAGCAUGCAGUUUCACGAUUGGUUGGGGCCCCUCCUGGUUAUGUUGGUUAUGAGGAAGGUGGGCAGCUCACUGAGGUGGUUCGUCGAAGACCAUAUUCUGUAGUACUCUUUGAUGAAAUUGAGAAAGCGCAUCAUGAUGUCUUCAACAUAUUAUUACAGUUGUUGGAUGAUGGAAGGAUAACUGAUUCUCAAGGACGGACUGUCAGUUUUACAAACUGUGUUGUGAUAAUGACUUCAAACAUUGGCUCCCACUAUAUACUUGAAACUCUUCGUAAUACUGAAGAUAGCAAGGAUGUUGUUUAUGAUAUCAUGAAAAGACAAGUCGUGGAAUUGGCUAGACAAACAUUCCGUCCAGAAUUUAUGAAUCGAAUUGAUGAGUAUAUCGUUUUCCAGCCUCUGGACUCCAAGGAAAUCAGUAAAAUUGUUGAGAUACAGAUGAACCGAUUGAGAGGCAGACUCAAACAAAAGAAAAUCGAUCUUCACUACACAAAAGAAGCUGUUGAACUUCUGGGUACAUUGGGCUUCGACCCUAACUUCGGGGCAAGGCCAGUUAAGAGGGUGAUACAGCAGUUGGUUGAGAAUGAAAUUGCAAUGGGAGUGUUGAAAGGAGAUUUUAAGGAGGAAGACUCAGUUAUUGUUGAUGUUGAUGAUUCCCUUUCGACCAAAAACAGGUUGUGCAUCAAGAAAUUGGACAGCACUUCUCCCACGGUUGCCAUGGUUGCUAACGACUGAUUUUGCCUUCUGGAGUUGUACACAUGUCUUAUAAAUGAAAUAAAAUUCUUGUUUCAUCUUUGUCAAUAUCUAGGUUUAGUGACAAUAUGUACAAUAACUACUACAUUUUUUGGGGACAAAUCUAAGUAGAGCACAGAAUGGUUUGUUUUCCUUUCUUUUA